AUGCUUCCAUCGAAUAAAACCCCGAAGCUUAAGCCUGCCAUAUUUUUACUAGUGGUAGCAAACGAAGGAGAUCGAGUUGAAUUAGAUUGCAAUGCAAAUAGUUUUUAUUUCUCCAGAUACGGAUGGUAUUUCCCAAAUAAUCUAACAAAUUCGGACGUUGAAGGAAAAAUUCAACUUGACGACUCAAAGUUAAUAUUGCGAGAAGUUACUUUGCCAUUUCAAGGAUUCUAUCGAUGUAUUGCCAAAAACGAAUCAGGAUCGUCGGAGUUAAUUGUAAAUUUGACUCUAGAAAGAUCGCCUGACAAUUUAUCGGCGGCAGAAUCUAAAAACCAAACCAACCCAACAAUACGGAAUAUUAUUACAACUUUGAUUCCAAAAUCCCAAUCUAGUCAUCCACAUGAAACAGAUGGAAAUUCGGACGACGUGAUUACGACACCUAGUGUGGGAACCGAUGUACCGCCAACUGUGGAGAACGCACGAUUGACAUCACCAAAACGAUCUCAUUUCCUGGAUACUCCUGCUGAUUACAUACCGCGUCCUAUCGUAAUUACUGCGAGGAACAGAACGCAUAGAAAGUAUUCUCCGAAACCUAUUACACAGAAACCAACGGCGGACCCAAAUUUUGACAUGGUAUUGCUUUCCGAACAUUCCUCGAAAGAAGAAGAUCCUACUCAAUUAGUCCGAGUUUCAUCUCAAAUGCCAGAUUCAUCCAAUGUGUUGAACUUGACGAAUCCGACUAAGGUAGUUAAACAACCAUCAGACGGUGCUCUAUCAUAUGAACGAACAAUGGCUCAAGUGAAUUCCACUGUGAAGCCCAGAGCUAAAAUUGCAACAGCAAAUAUCUCCGGUGCCAACACACUGUCCUCUCAAGAAAGCAAGAAUGACUUUGACAUUGAUUUGCAGGAAGACUUUACCGCAAGCGUCCGCGAUAUUCAUACAAGAGAUUCAACCCCUUUAAUGUUGAUUAAGACAUCAUCUGAGGAACAUGAAAACCCCCAAUCAUUCAGCAAGGCAGUCAGAUCCAAACAACCAAAUUUUGACCUGGAUUCUACUCUUAGAAUAAGCAAACCUACACUCGACGAAGAAAACAAGUUUUACUAUGAAAGGCAAAAAAAUAAAUCGGAUAUUGGCAUGGGAAUAGAUUCUAUGCUUGAAGGUGAAAAACAUUCAGUUAAAUCUACAAGAAGGAGACAACGAGUGCAUUUCCGACCACCUGGCAACAACCUUCUUCAAAACCCUUUCAAUAAGCUGAGACUUGCUGCUAGUUUUGUCAACAAAACGAUUUCGGCAACUAAUCUUUCUUUAUCACUCAAUCAAAACGCUUUGAAAUCAGUAAAAUUGGCAGAAAAUACAUCGAAUGCGAUGCAAAACACCAAUAAUGAGCAGUCGAGCGUGAAGGACGAUUUCACUUUUGAGCUUCCAAUUAGCAGUGAAAGUAUCUUAUAUAAAUUCUCAUCAACGUUACAUGCAGAAUAUGAAGGUAACGCUGUAUUACCUUGUUUGCCGCCUGGAUAUGAUCAACAGCUGUCGUCAUUGUGGUCAUUCACAUGGACACUCCCAUCCGGUAAGGUACUCACUCGACCACAUAAAACAUUCUCGUCAGACAUGAGACAGUUCGUUCACAUGAACGGAUCUCUCUUACUUCGAACCCUCGAUGCCAAAGAUGAAGGAUUUUAUGAAUGUUAUGCAAUGGAAAUCGCGGACAACGUUGAACAUCUCACUCAAAUCACACUCAAUCUUGUAGCUCUGAGACCUAGAAUACUCGGUAGCCAACAUCAGUACAUGGGAGCGGGAUACAAAACAUCAGUAACUGUUAGGUGUUCAGCAAAGGGUAAACCAAAACCUCGUAUUACUUGGGAAACUCCUGGUGGACAACUUUUAAACGAGGGAGAUCAACAUGCAGGGAUCUCCGUUCGUAAGGAUUCAACAUUGCACAUAGCUAACAUUCUACCUAAAGAUGCUGGAUCCUAUAAAUGUAAGGCUGUCAACGUUGCCGGUGAGAAAUCGAAAUUGGUCCUAAUACAACUAACAUCGUAUCCUCCUCGCUUCAUUGGCCAAAGACAUGAAACAAGACGGGUGGCUAGUGGACAAAGUAUAAUACUUUCAUGUGCCGCUAGUGGGUACCCCACGCCAAGUUUCAAGUGGAUUUUACCUGACAACUCUAAAAUGCAAGCAAAUCAGGCAACAUUUCGCGGGAAUUCACGGCGUCCAAAAUACUUCAUUGCCAAUAAUGGUGCGUUUUUACUGAACAACGCAGAAUCUAGUGACAGCGGAAGAUAUAUAUGUAUCGCUUCGAACUCAAUAGGACGUAAUGUUCUGAAUGUUAAUUUGAUUGUUCAAAGAUCGCCUUUGUAACACAACUUAUAUAUAUAUAGUAAAUAAAAUCAAACGUAAGGAUUGCGCGAUACAACAGUCUACAUCGAAUGAGAAGCCGCGUAAAAGAUUAUCAAUUGGGGGAAAACGGUAAAAUCUCUUGAAGCUUUCACAGACUAAAGACCUAAGUUACUUCUAGUCCUUUGACGUAUUAAACUAUAUCUUUACAUAACGUAACGUGUAACAAAUGAAAUUGUGGAUACCUAUAUUCAGAAGUGAACAGAAAUAUGAAAAAAUGUAAGCGUUUUAGCAAAAAGUAUCGUGUCUGAAUAUGUAUACAAGUGGGUACUUCUCAUUUCAUUGUUAAUAUAUAUAUAUAUAUAAAUAUGGGUGUUAUUUAAAAAGAUUAAAAUGCAUCAGUCUAGCUGGCUGAUAAAUUUUGUCAUCGUUUCAGUUUUCUGUAUUUAUAAAUGAAUCAUUCUCGGAAUUUUACACUUCUUUUUUAAAUAAAAUAUUUCAAAGCUAGCAGUUUUUUUUACCAGGCCAAUAGACGGGAGAUUUCCUCUGAGCCAAAAAAAGCAACUACUAUACAGUAUAAUUCUCCUACGAAUAGCAUUGGAAAUAUUGUAAUGGUAUUGUAUAUACCUAUAGCCGAUUUCCGAAAAAUCAUGUGUUUUUAAAGUUUAACAUGAUGUAAUGCUGUUGGGCAAUUCGAGGAAUUAUCAUAUACUUCUAAUGAUUGGAAAGUGGAAUACUUACAUGUUGUCUAUUACUAUCAUUUUAAAUGAACAUUAAAUAUUUCCAUU